AUGGCUACGAGUAUGAAAAGUAUACAAUCGAAACGACGUGUGGAGAAAUCAUCUAUUUCACGCGCUUUAACAUUUGUUCAGGAUUUACCUGCUGAAAUAAGUGCUACACAAUUGGAGGCUCGUUUAGUCCGUUUGGAUGCUGCUUAUAACGAAUUAAGGGUACUGACAGGCGAGUUGUAUGAUUUCGAAGGGGAUAAGGAUUUUGUAGAUCCUGACGCGGAUUUUGCGGAAUAUGAGGGGAAAUAUUUUGUGAUUAAGGGUAUUCUUACGAAUUUGAUAAACUCUCAAACGCCCCAUGAAACGGUUUCUGAUCCGCAAAACGACGUUAUCAAUAGAUUAUCUGAACAACACUCCGCCUUGUUAAAUAGGCUUGAUACUCCGGUGACUACUCGCAAUGGCGAUGGUGAUUUGCCUAAAAUUAGAAUUGAACCCUUUACUGGGAAAUACUCCGAUUGGCCAUCUUUUAAGGAUCUUUUUAAUAGUGCUAUUGACUCCAGACCAAACCUGACUAACAUACAAAAGUUCCAUUACUUGAAGUCCGUUUUGAAGGAUGAUGCAGCUAACCUCAUCAAGCAUAUGCAGAUUACGGAUUUGUCAUAUUCUACUGCAUGGGAUCGACUCAAGGAACGUUAUGAUCGCCCGCGACACAUUGUGAAUUCCUAUAUUGAGACUUUUAUGUCAAUGUCGUCACUGAAGGAGGAAGAUUCUACUGGGCUUCGUAAGAUUUCUGAUGUUUCGAACGAGGUUAUUAGGGGUUUGGAGGCUAUAGGUUUCGAUGAGUGCGACCAUUGGUUAAUUCAUAUACUUCAGUCUAAGAUUGAUCCUGAUUCUCGUAGAAAGUGGGUUGAAAGUACGCGAGAUGAAACUAAACCUACGAUAUCAUCAUUCUUAACAUUUUUGGAUCAACGGUGUGAGGAAAUAGAGCUUGGUAAAAACCCUGAGAAGAAGAAUUAUGGCAAAUCAAUUGCUUCAAGGAAUUAUGGUAAAUCAUUGGCCUCAUCUACUACGAUGAUAGCUACUAAUGACGGUAAGCGUUGUGCAGAUUGCGGAUCUGUUGAACAUCAUAUCCAGAAAUGUCCACACUUCUUAUCAUUGGCUGUAGAUGAUCGACGUAAGAUUGUGAAGGAUAAACGCUUAUGUUUUAAUUGUUUACGAGGUGGGCAUACAGUUUAUGAAUGUAAAUCAAAGAGCAAAUGCCGUUCUUGUCAUAAUAGUCUCAUACACAAUUCGCAGCCCAGGGAGGUUGAUCAACAUGAAGUUGCUGCACCUAGUUCGAAUAUCGUUAAUUCUCCAACAGAAGUUACACAACAAAUAGCUUUGAAUACAAUGGUUUCACAUCCUGAAGCUGAUUCUUCAAGAAAACUCGACUUCAAACGCAUUCUGCCAACAGCAUUGGUUAAUGUUCGAGAUCGUGACGGUGGCUUCGUACCCUGCCGUGUUUUGCUUGAUACAGCAUCAGAAUACUCGUACAUUACCGAGGAUUGCAUCAGAAGAUUGGGAUUACCACGCGGUGCAUCACGUAUGCCACUCUCUGGAAUUCAGUCGAUCAAAGCUGACCCAACACGCGGUCAUACUUUCGUGCAUAUUGAAUCUAGAUUAUCACGGAAAUCAGUGGAUACCUUUGUACACAUUUUGGGGCAUAUAACGGCUUCUUUGCCUAGGUCGACGAUCACUAGUUACGAUUCUACCCUAUUUGGUAAUCUCGAUCUUGCGGACCCUCAUUGGAAUCGUUCAUCACCCAUUGAUAUUUUGUUAGGAGCUGAUGAGGUCUGGGAUGUAUUAUCAAUGGGAAAAUUGGAAAAUGAUCAGGGUAAGGUCAUUGCAAUUUCCACUAUUUUUGGUUGGGUGGUAACAUCUGGCAUUCUACCUUGUGAAGGUCAUGCACCUGUUACUUUACUUACACACAAUGAUGGAAAGUAUGUCGUUGAACUUCCAUUCAAAGAAGAUGAUGUUAAAUUCGCUGAAACUUAUGAUGGUGCGCUUGCUCGUUUUAAUGCUACUGAACGCAGACUGUCUAAAAAUCCAAAUCUACGGGCGCAAUAUGUAAAAUUUAUGCAAGAGUACGAAAGUUUGGGCCACAUGCAAGAGCUUUCUCCUGAUGAAAUAGAUGUUCCAGACGGACGGGUAUACUACUUGCCGCAUCACCCAGUUGUUGGGUCGAAAUUAAGGGUUGUUUUUGAUGGAUCUUUCCAAGAUGCUGCUGGUAGUUCUCUGAACAGUAAAUUGUACAUUGGACCGCCUAUACAACGGAACUUAUUUGCAGUAUGCCUUAGAUUUCGCCUAUAUGAAUUUGUAUUUUCCGCCGACAUAAUCAAGAUGUUUCGUCAAAUCUGGGUAUCACAAAGUCACCGCAACUUUCAAAGAAUUUUAUGGAGGGAAACCCCAGAUGAACCACUCAAACAUUUCCAACUAUGUACAGUCACAUAUGGAACUGCCUCUGCGCCUUUCGUUUCAGUUAGAGUACUCGAACAGUUAGCUAUAGAUUAUAAUAAAUCCCAUCCCAACGCAAGUAAAAUCUUAUUGGAGGACUUUUACGUGGACGAUGUCCUGACUGGUGCCUCUUCUGAACGACAAUUAGUACGAUACCGUGAUGAACUCGUUGAUCUUCUACAACAAGCGGGAUUUCAAUUGAGUAAAUGGGUGUCCAAUAGCGAAACACUGAAACAAACUGACCACAAUACACCAAGUUUUUUGAAGGAUGAUGAUAAUUCAACUAAGGUCCUGGGUAUACAUUGGUAUUCUGACGAGGAUCGCAUCGGAUACAAAAUAUGUUUGGGGGAUCCACAACGUGCCACAAAGAGGACGAUUUUGUCCGAUGUAUCCCGAAUCUUUGACCCGCUAGGACUGGUGUCACCGGUUGUUAUAAAAUUCAAGAUUUUAUUCCAAGAAUUAUGGCUUAUGAAUUUGGGUUGGGAUGACCCACUGCCUCCGGACAUAGCGGAAGUGUGGAUGAAGUAUCGUGAAGAUUUACGAAAUCUUGAUAAAUUACGGUUGCCUCGCUUUAUACCAAAUGUCAAUACGAAGUUUACUCUACAUGGUUUCAGCGAUGCAUCCUUGAAGGCUUACUCUGCUGUGAUAUAUUGCCUGGCGAAUGAUGAAAAUGGUAACAUCAAGUUAUCUUUGGUCGCAUCGAAAACUCGUGUCUCGCCGCUUAAGCAGAUUUCAUUACCCAGAUUGGAGUUGUGUGGAGCCUUGCUACUCACUAGACUGAUGAAAUCGGUAAUUUCGUCGCUACCGCAUACGCAUAUUGAGGUACGCGCCUGGUGUGACUCGACUGUAGUGUUAUCUUGGUUAUCCGUGCAGCCGAUCACGCUCAAGACAUUUGUUGGAAACCGUACAGCGGAAAUAUUGGAAAAUCUCCCUAGAAGUGCUUGGGGACACGUUAGUUCGAAGGAAAAUCCCGCUGAUUGCGCUUCACGCGGUCUUAUGGUCGAUCAAUUUCUAAGUCACGACCUGUGGUGGUCGGGACCAACAUUUUUGAAAACUUCGCAACAACCGCAAAGUGAUUCUUCACAGACAACAAUCAACAACAUUGAGGUGGAAGCCGAAAUGAAAACUACAACAACUCACAGCUUUACUACGCGUCAACAUUCUACAGAACAUCCAUUAGAGAGAACUCUAGCAAAUACGUCAAGCUGGUGGAAACUUUUACGCAUCACCGCCUAUGUACGCCGUUUUAUUAACUUACAUGUUCGGAAAAUCAAAAACCCUAACAAAUUUUUGACAUUCGAUGAAAUUGCACAGGCUACGAUAACAUGUCUCAAAAUGGCUCAAGAUUAUUUUUCACCAGAACGAAUUAAACUACAACGUGGAUUGAAUCUCGACAAAAGUUCUCAACUAACAAGACUUUCACCAUACAUUGAUGAACUAGGACUUCUCAGAGUAGGAGGUCGCAUACGACACUCGGAACUUGCCGAUGCAGUUCAACAUCCUAUCAUACUUCCAGGUAAACACAGAAUAUCGAAACUAGUACUUGAGGAACAACAUGUAAGACAUCUACAUCCUGGUGUAUCAACAUUAUUCGUGAUUAUUCGUCAACAAUAUUGGAUUGUUGGGGCUAGAAACCUGAUUCGGCAAAUUACACACAAAUGCUUAAAUUGUUUUAGACAAGCACAACAUGCAACACAGCAGCGAAUGGCUGAUCUUCCCGCAGUUCGAGUUCGACAGGCAUUCCCUUUCCAGAAUACCGGAUGCGAUUACGCCGGUCCGUUUACACUUAAAUUGCACAGUGGAAGAAAUGCUAGAACGUCAAAAGGAUAUAUAUGCUUAUUCGUCUGUAUGGUUACAUCAGCUAUACACCUCGAAUUAUCAACAGACCUAAGUACUGAGUGUUUUCUGGCAGCUCUACGCCGUUUUAUGGCCCGCCGUGGCAAAUGUUCUACAAUAUAUAGUGACAACGGCAAGAAUUUCGUUGGUGCCAAACGAGUUCUGAAUGAAUUAUACCAACAACUACAAGCUGAAGGACACAACGAGAUCAUUCAGGCAACCUUAGCUCAAGAGGGAAUAAAGUGGAUUUUUACUCCACCUUACUCACCACACUGGGGUGGUAUGUGGGAAUCGGGCGUCCGCUCGGUUAAACUACAUUUACGCCGCAUUAUUGGCAACAGUAUCCUGACAUAUGAACAGAUGCACACUCUUCUCGCUCAAGUUGAAGCAGUAGUAAAUUCCAGACCGUUGGGAUAUGCUCCUGACAACGAGACUAGCUAUCUUUCUCCAUCUCACUUCUUAAUUGGCAGGCCAACUACCAUGGUGCCUGAAGGUACUCUUACUGAUCUGAAUCAGAACCGUCUCGACUACUGGCAACAUGUACAAUGUCAAGGUGAUGGUAGCAGUGUCGAAGACCUGAAUGGCUAG